CAUUGCAAAGAGAGCACUGCAAAAGAACAUGGCCGCCCUGCAUGCAUUCAUCUUCCUGUUCUUGAUCUGUUUCUGUUAUUCCGAUGACCGCCUGACCUCAUUAACACCACUGUACCCCGGCGACAAGCUCAUAUCCAACGAUGGCACCUUUGCUCUUGGCUUCUUCUCCCUGACCAACGACUCAACCCCAAGGUUGUACCUGGGCAUAUGGUACAACAACAUCCCCGAGCGCACCUACGUGUGGAUCGCCAACCGCGACGACCCAAUCGUCUCACCUUCAGCAGAGCUAGCUGUUACCAACACUUCUGAUCUUGUUCUCUCCGACUCCAGACGCCGCACUGUCUGGGCCACAGAAAACCUCAUCGCCGGUGGCGUUGGAGCCGCCGGAGUGCUGCAGAGCUCGGGGAGCUUCGUCCUCCAGCUCCGCAACGGCACACACGUAUGGCAGAGCCUCGACUAUCCGACCGACACCAUCCUUCCAAACUUCAAGCUGUGGACGAACUACAAGGCUCAUGUCGCCGUUCGCGUCGUUGCCUGGAAGGGCCCUCAAGACCCCUCCGCCGGCGACUUCGCCCUCAGCGGCGACCCCAGCAGCUGGGGCCUCCAGAUCGUCAUCUGGCGGGGGCGAAGCCGGUCAUGGCGCAGCGGGGUGUGGAACGGCGCGGCGGCCUCCGGCAUCACCAGGUUCAUAUAUUCCAACAUCGUCGACGACGGCGAGGAGAUAUACGCGACGUACAACGCCGCCGGCGGCCCGACAACACACUGGAAACUAGACUACACUGGGAGUGUGAGGUUCCGUGUCUGGAACAACCAGUCGUCGUCGUGGAGUGUUCUGUUCGAACGCCCGGGCAAUGGCUGCCUCCACUACGGCGCGUGCGGGCCGUUCGGCUACUGCGACAUCACCGGGCGCGUCCAGGAGUGCAAGUGCCUUGACGGGUUCGAGCCCACCGACGGCUUUGCCGGUAACUUUUCUAGAGGAUGCCGGAGGAAGGAAGCACUGGCAUGCGGCGGCGGAAGCCAUUUCUUGACCUUGCCAGGGAUGAAGGUGCCUGACAUGUUCUUGUACAUCAGGAACAGAAGCUUUGAAGAGUGCGCUGCCGAGUGCGACCGCAACUGCUCCUGCACCGCGUACGCCUAUGCCAACUUGAGCACCAUCCUCACGAUGAGUGCCAGUGGCACGUCAAGGUGCUUGGUUUGGAUGGGAGAGCUUCUUGAUGCAGAGAAGGCCGGUGAUAUAGGAGAAAACUUGUACCUUCGGCUUGCUGGCUCUCCUGUAAACAACAACAAGAAGAAGAAGAUCGCCAUGGCGAUAAAGAUUGUACUCCCAACGAUGGCAUGUCUGCUGAUGUUCACAUCAUCUGUAUGUCUUAUCACUAUAUGCAAGUCAAGAAGCGCCGGACGAAACAAGGAAACACUGAAAGCACCUUUGACCUUUUGGGAUCAAAAUCUGGAAUUAUCGUGUAUUAGCUUUGAGGACAUCACUGCUGCAACAAACUGUUUCCAUGAAACCAACAUGCUUGGACAAGGAGGUUUCGGUAAAGUAUAUAAGGGGACACUGGAAGAUGGCAAGGAAGUUGCUGUUAAAAGGCUUAGCAAGGGUUCUGAGCAAGGGAUAGAACAGCUUAGAAAUGAAGUGAUUCUUAUUGCAAGUUUGCAGCACAAGAACCUAGUCAGACUUCUUGGUUGUUGUAUUCAUGAAGAUGAGAAGUUGCUCAUAUAUGAAUACCUGCCCAAUAAAAGCUUAGACAAAUUCCUUUUUGAUCCUGCAAUGAAGUCUAUGCUUGAUUGGUCAAAAAGGUUCGAGAUAAUCAAAGGGGUAGCUAGAGGAAUUCUUUAUCUCCAUCAAGAUUCAAGAAUGAUGAUAAUUCAUAGAGACCUCAAAGCGAGCAACAUCUUGCUAGAUGCAGAGAUGAACCCGAAGAUAUCAGAUUUUGGUAUUGCAAGGAUCUUUGGAAGCAAUCAGCAGCAAGCAAGUACUAGACGAGUUGUCGGGACAUACGGUUACAUGUCACCUGAAUAUGCGAUGGAAGGCAUUUUCUCUGUCAAGUCUGACACCUAUAGCUUUGGCAUUUUACUACUGGAGAUAGUCAGUGGACUAAAGAUCAGUUCCCCUCGUCAUCUACUAAUGGAUUAUCCAAGUCUUACUGCUUAUGCAUGGAACUUAUGGAAAGAUGGGACGGCAAGGGAUUUCGUAGACACAUGGGUUUUGGAGAGCUGUUCGCUUGAUGAAGCCUUGCAAUGCAUCCAUAUCGGACUAUUGUGUGUUCAGGACAGCCCAACUGACAGGCCACUCAUGUCAUCAGUUGUAUCCAUGCUGAAUAAUGUGGCCAUGCCACGCCCAGUACCCAGGCAGCCUUUAUUUUUUGCGCAGAGAUAUUAUGAGGCCCUGGAAGCAAGAGGAGACUUGGAAGACUCCGUUAAUAACGCGAGUCUGUCGAUUUUAGAAGGCCGCUAAAUUCUGGCGUAAUCAUUCAGUUGUACAAAUUGUAUAUGAUAUGCUAUUCCCAGAAGCUGUGAGCUGUAUUUCGAUUUUGUAUUUGUGAGAAGGGGCAGAAGGGCGGCUUUCCCCGGUCUGCUGACUCCAUACUCUUUUUUGUGACAAGUCGAGCUGUUUCCCAAUUUGUCAAUUCUGCCCUCAUAAGUGCUACGGCAAUGU